AUGCCGUCGCGAACCGCAGAAAACAUAAAGAAGCGCAAGGCAUCGGCCUCGGCCUCGGUCGUAGUUCAUCAAAACUCACAUGACAACUCCAGCCCAACUAAGAAGAGGAAAAGCGAUAAUCAGGAGCAAUCCAUGGAAGAUGUUGAUACAUCGAAACCCACUGCGAUUUUCAAUCCAACCAAAGGCCGAGACUGGACCGUCACCAUCGCCUUACCUGGUAGCUGGACUCUCAACGCGAAGAAGCCCGACCACAAGACCAUUCAAGUCGGCCGCAUCGCACGCGCAGCGGCCAUCUACUGUGUCGACGAAAUUGUUGUGUUCGACGAUGAUCCCGUCAAUAUCGACCCCAGAGUCAUCGACCCCAAGUACAUUCGGAAAGGACGGUCAAAGCAACAAGUCCUAGAUUCUAUCCUGGAGCAAGAUGAAGCAUGGCAAAACCCAGACCAAUUUCUAUAUCAUUUGCUAUCCUUUGCCGAGUGCCCUCCUCAUUUGAGGUAUGAUCGCGAGGAUCAUCGGUUGAGUAUCUUUAAGGAACAUCAAAACCUCAAAUGGGUUGGCAACCUGCCCAGCAUGGACAUGCCACAUCAUCUCAGGAGCCAUGAGUGGUGUCAAUACCGUGAGGGUGUCUUUGUCGGUCCAGCACCCCCGCUGCCGUCUACGCCCAAGAGCAAGAAAUCAAAGAAAUCAAAGGAUGAGCAAGGAUACGCAUAUGUCAAAUGUGGUCUUCCGUAUCCAGUUCGGGUUCCGACACCAAAGGAUGUACCCAUCGAGGAGGGCAUGCGCACCACGGUCCGCUUUGCCAAUAUCGACCCACCGAAUAAUUGGCCACAUCUUUCGCAAGUCGACUGCGAUAACCUGGAUGCUACAGCAUGCGCUGCUAGUCUACCGCGUGAGGAGGGAGGCUACUACUGGGGUUACACCGUCCGACGCGCUGCGUGCCUCAGCGACGUCUAUUCUGAAUGCGAAUACCCCGGCGGCUAUGACUUUUCCAUUGGCACCUCAGAGCGUGGCCAAUCUGUCUACUCAUUCAUCUCGGGCGUCGGUCCAUCUCAAUCAGUCACGUGGACAGGAGAUGUCGCCAAAGCCCCCGAAUCCUUCAAGCACUUGCUUAUCGUGUUUGGCGGUCAGGCCGGUAUAGAACCGGCAGUGGCCAACGACCCGGUACUUGGGAAGGAGCUUAACAAGUCCACGGCAAACUCUAUUUUUGACGCGUGGAUCAAUCUGGUGCCGGCACAAGGCAGUAGGACAAUCAGGACCGAGGAGGCGGUCACUAUCGGUCUUUGUUCGCUCAAGCCUUGGAUUGAUAGCAUGAGAGAGGAGUGA